AUGGCCCGCCUCGCCCCCUGCUGCUCCCCUGCACUGGUCACAGGUGCCCGUUCUCCACCCACCCGCCCCCACGUCAGGGCUGCCCGUCUGCUCCUCCCCCGAGUCGGUCACUGUCCCUCUGCACAGCCAGGAAUGGUGCUUUCCGUGUGUCCCUGUGGGGCGGCUGCCCCCUACCCCACCCCCGUGGAGAACAAGCUCCCUGAGGGCGGGGCCUGUGCACUCAGCCCUGGUCCUGCGCAGGCGGUGGACACCGGCUUGGCCUUCAGCAGCCCAUCACAAGUUCCCAAGAGCCAGGGUGGCACAGCCGUGCUCUGCGGCCACCAUGAGGGGCCACCUGCUUUCCUGGGCUGGCGUUGCAUUGGCCUGGGUGCCUGA